AUGCUGCUGAAUCUGAUCCCUUACGAGGCACCCCAGGAGCAGCAACAGGAACAGCAUCAGCAGCAGCAGCAGCAGCAGCAGCGGCACAGUAGAGGACAGAUCCGUAGAUCCAAGCAAACAGUUCGAUACAAUUUAGCGUCCUUGCUGCCAUCAACAGCAUUAGAAGAUGCAGCAGCAGCAAAAGAGGAGCGGCAGCGAAAGCUGCUGCUGCAUAAGCAGCAGCAAAAGCAGGGCAAGAAGAAAGGGAACCAGCAGCAGCAGCAGCAACAACAACAACAACAACAGCAGCAACAGCAGCAACCUGGCAUGUCCGCAACAAGAGAAGAACUGCUGCGGCGGCUGCAUGCAAAAAUUGAAGCAAUGAGGCAGCAAUCAGGCGCAAAGAAAAACAAAGCAGCAGCAGGAAAUAAAUCAGAGCAGCAGCAGAAGCAGAAGCAGCAGCAGCAGCAGCAGCAGCUUAAGCGGAAGCGUCAAGAGUCUGAUCAAAAGCAGCAGCAGCAGCAACAGAAGCAGCAAGAAUCAAAGAAGGCGAAGGUGCAGACCUCUUCAUCUGCUGCUGCAGGAUCAACAGGAGCAGCACCAGGAGCAGCAGCAGCAGCAGCAGCAGCAGCAAAUGACGAAUUUGCAUUUUCUGUGUUAGAUAAAGGAGAUAAAAUACCCAAGGCAUUAAAACAUGGCAAAAAAGGAGAUAAACAAAGACGUCUACAACAGGCACUCAAGGAUAUAGAAGAACGUAAGCAGCGGAUAGCAGCAGCAGAAGCAGAAGGAAGAGGAAGAGAAGCAGCAUUAGAAGCAGCAGCAGAAACUGCCCUUAAAAGAAUCAGUGGACAAAAAGUCUUAGAGGAUGUUCGUACUAUAAAGAAAGCGCAGCAGCAGAUGCAGCAGAAGAAAGCUUUAUCUAGAGAUUCAUGGGCAGGAGGGACUUAUGUUAAUAUAAAAAAGAAAAAAAAACAAAUAGAAAAAGAGAAGGCAAGACAGCAAAGGAAAGAAGAAAGAAAACAGCAGCAGCAGCAGCAGCAGCAGCAGAAGCAGCAGAAGGGCAACGAUUCCGAUUAA